AUGCCUGCGAUUGCUGCCGACAGUCAUACUAAUUUGAACAACUUUGAUACAGCCGAUCGUGGAUUUUUAUACCGCCCUGAUAUAACAUAUAAUUGGGGCCACCUUUCACCCUUCCAUUCUUUGUCAUCGGAAUAUAACCCCUCCACUCCCUUACCGGGUUGUACGGUUACGUUUGUACAAUCUCUUACUCGGCAUGGCUCUCGGUAUCCGAAGCUCGAAAAUAAAUACAACACUAUAAUUCAACGAAUUCAAUCUUCUGUUAAUAAUUACGGAGCAGGAUUUGAAUUCAUUCGAAAUUACAAAACGAACCUCCCGUCAGAAACUUUAAACAAUCUUGGGCGUCACCAAUUAGUAAAUGCAGGAAUGCAUUUUUACCGACGAUAUCAGAGCUUGGCGAAAAACAACCAACCUUUUAUCCGUUAUGAUGAAGCCGACCGUGUUGUUGAAAGCGGUGAAAAAUGGGCUUAUGGCUUCCAUUUAGCUUCUUUAGCCGAUAAAACUCGUAUUGGGCCGGAUAAACUCCCUUAUCCAACGGUUAAACUUCCUUCAGGAAAAGGGCUUAACAACACUUUGAAUAACAAAGGCUGCCCCAAGCGCGACCAAGCCAGACCUGAAGCGAUUGUAAAAGGAUUGCUAGCAAGGCAUUUAACAGGAGUUACAAAUCGGGUGAAUCAAAAUUUAUCCGGGGCGAAUUUAUCAAUUAAGGAAGUCUUUGAGCUUAUGGAAUUAUGUGCUAUGGAAACAAUGGGCACUAUCGCAACAGCGGGUCGUUUAUCGCAAAUUUGCACUAUUUUUAACCGUCAGGAAUGGCAGGCGUUUAACCGUUAUCAUAACGAGAUGAAAUGGUAUACCUACUUCUAUGGCAACCCGUUAGCGCCGUCACUGGGAGUAGGGUGGGUAAACGAACUUAUCGCAAGGUUAUUACAAAGACCUGUACGAGAUUCCACCAGCACCAACACCACACUUACUGCCAACCCGGAAACAUUUCCAUUGAACAGGAAGCUUUACGCCGAUUUUACCCACGCCACAGACUUUCUACAAAUUUAUGCCGCCUUGGGAUUACUCGGUUCUACACAUAACCCCGUCCCCGCAAACAGAAUCGUGAGCAAUCAAAGGCUUGCUGAAUUUUCGAUCAGCGAGGUGUCGCCUUUCGCGGCCAGGAUGUACGUUGAAAAAAUGACUUGUUCGGGUCAUAAGGAGGAGUUGGUUAGGAUUUUGGUGAACAACCGGGUUAUGUGGUUGCCUCAUUGCGGUGCCGAUGGGGAAGGGCGGUGCAAACUUGGCGCAUUUGUCGAAAGUUUGAGUUUUGCUAGGUCUGGUGGAUUCUGGAAGAAAUGUUUUUAG